AUGGCGGAUGAUUUGGCUGAUAUUAUGCAAAACUUUGACCUAUCGAGUGCAGAACUCCAAGCAACUAGCCUGGGUUCUGAGGAGAUAGUAGGAGGGAUAAGUGAAUGCAAAAUAAGUCUGACAGGGAAAGUUAUGGGGGAGAAAUUCUCUAAAUACACGGGGGUCAAAAACUUUGUGAUAAUAGCAUGGUCUUACCCAAGAGAAUUGAGAGUGGUGGAACUUGGUCCGAAUAAGUUUCAGUUUAUUAUACCAGAUGAGAGAGACAGGGAGAGGACUUUGAAUGGGGGACCUUGGUUACUGGAUAACGAACUUCUGGUGCUAAAUGAAUGGUAUGAAAGAAUAGAAGAGGAUGAUAAGGUAUUCUGCCUAGCACCCUUAUGGAUCCAAGUAUGGAACUUGCCUGUUCAUUGGAUGUCGAAAGAGGCAGGGAAGAAGAUAGGUUCAAUCUUUCACCAGGUACGAGAGGUGAUAGUCCCCCAGACAGGGGGUAAAGAAGGGAGACACUUGAAACUCCUAGUAGUUGUUAACAUUUGCCAACCACUGCUGAGAGGUACCAUUGUCAAAGUUGGAGAAGCAACUAAAUGGGUUAGUUUUAAAUAUGAAAGAUGCCCUGAUUUUUGCUACAAUUGUGGAAUUAUAAGACAUAGUAAAAGAACAUGCAAUAAGCAAACCCCUUCUGGCAUGGGGAAGAAGGACAAUCAAUAUGGUCCAUGGCUAAGAGUUGGUAACCCAAGGAACUCAACAUAG